AUGGCAGAGAAAAAAAUCAAGGCAACCGACUCAAGCUUCCACGGGACUAACCUGCCCAGUGUGCAGCCAAAUAUUAUGGACUCUCAUAGGUUUCACCAGCCAGAUAUUAUGGACUCUCAUAGGUUUCACCAGCCAGAUAUUAUGGACUCUCAUAGGUUUCACCAGCCAGAUAUUAUGGACUCUCAUAGGUUUCACCAGCCAGAUAUUAUGGACUCUCAUAGGUUUCACCAGCCAGAUAUUAUGGACUCUCAUAGGUUUCACCAGCCAGAUAUUAUGGACUCUCAUAGGAUUCACCAGCCAGAUAUUAUGGACUCUCAUAGGUUUCACCAGCCAGAUAUUAUGGACUCUCAUAGGAUUCACCAGCCAGAUAUUAUGGACUCUCAUAGGUCUCACCAGCCAGAUAUUAUGGACUCUCAUAGGUUUCACCAGCCAGAUAUUAUGGACUCUCAUAGGUUUCACCAGCCAGAUAUUAUGGACUCUCAUAGGUUUCACCAGCCAGAUAUUAUGGACUCUCAUAGGUUUCACCAGCCAGAUAUUAUGGCCUCUCAUAGGUUUCACCAGCCAGAUAUUAUGGACUCUCAUAGGUUUCACCAGCCAGAUAUUAUGGACUCUCAAAGGUUUCACCAGCCAGAUAUUAUGCACUCUCAUAGGUUUCACCAGCCAGAUAUUAUGGACUCUCAUAGGUUUCACCAGCCAGAUAUUAUGGACUCUCAUAGGUUUCACCAGCCAGAUAUUAUGGACUCUCAUAGGUCUCACCAGCCAGAUAUUAUGGACUCUCAUAGGUCUCACCAGCCAGAUAUUAUGGACUCUCAUAGGUUUCACCAACCAGAUAUUAUGGACUCUCAUAGGUUUCACCAGCCAGAUAUUAUGGACUCUCAUAGGUUUCACCAGCCAGAUAUUAUGGACUCUCAUAGGUUUCACCAGCCAGAUAUUAUGGACUCUCAUAGGUUUCACCAGCCAGAUAUUAUGGACUCUCAUAGGUUUCACCAGCCAGAUAUUAUGGACUCUCAUAGGUUUCACCAGCCAGAUAAGAAAAAUAAAACUAAAUAUCCUAAAGAGGUAGUCGUGGUCCACUCUGUCAAAGGCUUUUUCUGA